GCUCAGCCCUCGCAAGUGGUGUAGGUAAUCGAUUUGUCAUCUGGCCACCUGGAUAUAUACAACCAGUGAUAGUGUGAAAGUGAACGAACGUGAUAUAAAAUUUCAGAAAAAAUGACGCACUUUGACCACCAAGUGCAACCAUUAUACCGCCACUUGAAAACGAGGUUGAAGUAGUGUGAGCGACUAGUGGAGCUGAACUAUGAGUGUGGUUCAGUGAGUUAAACUACCGGAAGUACCCGAGGCUACUCAAAGUCAGCUGGUUAGUGAGCCAGACGACCGGUAGCGACUUGGGCGAGACUAUCCUGAAUGCAGCUAACGAAAAGUUAUUGUUAGUGAGGAAGGCUACUGUGUUCAUUAAGGUACCGUACCCUGAGGUAUCUAGCCUACCGUCACUAGAGCACCAGACUACCUUCAUUAGAGCAUUAGGCUCCUGUCAACAGAAGAGGACUUGCCAUGUACCAGGAUGCGGUGGCGGAAGACUCAAGGAUUCGACUUGACGGAAGACGGGCGUGAGUUGUCAGGGACGGUGAGCGUGCGAGGGGACGAAUUGCCUCUGGUGUCGUCGCCGCCACCCCACGUGUCGUCCCCCACCCACUCCUUGUCGUCUCCUCCCUCCUCCCUCUCCUCCACGCCCCUCACCACUCACUCUACCUCCACCCUCGACGAUGGACCUCAAGCGUCAGCGACCUCACCUAAGACAGAGGCCCCAGACAUGACGUCCCUCUCCACCCCCACUCUUCAGGACGCCCCUCAGACGUCUUCUGCGAUGAGGGACUCUCCCGGAGCAAAAAGUCCAUCAGUGUCUUCUACUCCGGCCAAGUCCCCGUCGAGGGUAGAGUCGACGGCCGGCAGCCCCCUCAGGAGCAGCGGGUCCACCCCCAGCAGACACGUCUCUGCCAUCCCUGUCAUGGGCAGUGUGGAGGGUGCCAGUCCACACACCACUACACUCCACAUAGCGUGUAGUCCGCAGUCUGGAGCUGUCAGUCCACACGACGCGGUGUCUGGCUCGCAUUCCUCAACCACUAGUCCACAGAAAAUUCCAGUCAGUCCCCAGAAAGUGCCAGCCACUCCUCCGAAAAUUCCGAUUACUCCAAUGAAAAUACACGUCAGUCCGCAGAAAUUGCCAGUCAACGCACAACAACUGCUGAUCAGCCCUCAAAAAAUGCCAGUCAGUCCCCAGAAAAUGCCAGUCAGUCCCCAGAAAAUGCCAGUCAGUCCCCAGAAAAUACCAGUCAGUCCCCAGAAAAUACCAGUCAGUCCUCUGAAAAUGCCGGUUGGCCCUCCUAAGAUACCAGUCAGUCCCCAAAAGGCGCCCGGCAAUGAACAGACCCCAGUCAACAGUCCCCAGAGAGGGAUGGCGACGACAGCGAGUCCCCAGAGAACUCCGACGAGCGCCCCUGCCACUCCCUCCAGGCCGCCCUCUGUCUUGGUCAACGCCCCGACGUCGAGACCCGUGUCGGAGACCUUGACUGCCACCCUGUCUCCACCAGAACGGAGCAGCGGAGGCGUGGUGGUGGUGGUGAACGGAGGCCCCUCCACUGACCCUCAACAACGUCACACGAACAAUGGGCAGGUCAGGUCACCGAGCGUGGUGACCAUCCCCGUGGGCGACGCCGCCGAGCAAGACAGGAUCGCAGAGGAGACGCCGUCGAGUCAGCAGCUGGGCAGGAAGAAGACCAACACAACACCACGCAAGACCAGCACGAAGACCACCGCCAACGGGGAGGCCAAGAGGAACACCCACGAGAAGAGUAAGUCAGUGACCAUCGUAGUGAACGACCAACAGGUGACCUACUCCAACACCCCGCAUACCUACACCACCACUGAGCUCCACCACACUAACGGAAUCACCAACGGAGAUCUCCACCACUUGACGGCUGCUGUGAACGGCGGGGAUGCGGUGGUGGUGAACGGGCACGCGUUGGGCAAGAACGACAGUGACAAUACGAGGCCCUCCUCUGCCGCCUCCGUCCCGGGGGGCACCAAGGUGGACCCAGACAUUCAGGUGCGACCGUUGGUGGGGUGGUGGGGCGAGGGCGGCAGCGGUGGGUCAGUGCUGGAGGACACCGCUUCCUCCGACGAGUGCCACCGGUCCACUCUCACUCUAGUCCACUCCCCUGCCAGAACCCUGUCCAGAGCCGUAUCUAUCAUACUUUAUCUGAGUGGUGAGACUGGUGACACAGUUGGGGGUGAAGACUCCGGGGAGGCCUGGAGUGGUGUGGUGUCAGGUGUAUGUGGCAUCAUCCUCAUCAUUGGUGCUGCUUCACUCCUGCGGUUGCCACGCUUACUGUAUGAAUAUGGUGCAGGAAGCUUCCUGGCAGCGUGGUGUGCCGUCCUGGUGGUAGUAGCAGCCCCACUAGCCUACCUGGAGGCUUGUCUCUCACAGUUCAGUAGUUCAGCUUCUCUUGCUGUCUGGCGUCUUAUUCCCAUAGCCAGAGGUGUUGGCUGGUCUACAGUGGUGGUGUGUUUCUACUGGGCAGUUGUCGUGCUGAGUUAUGUGGCUCCAGUCGUCCACUACAUUUUGCUUUGGAUUAACCCAGAUAUUCUCAAGGAUGUGGUGUCACCAGAAUGCAGUGUCACCACCAACAACUACACCAACACUGGAGAUUGGACAGUAGACUACCACAGAUCAUGUGUAUAUAACCUGCCAGAUGAAUGGCAGUCAGGUUUGGAGUUGACUUUCACCUGGCCGUUACCUGCUGGCACAGCUGCCGCUGCCCUCAGCAUCUCUAUCAUAGCUGCUUGUGGCCCCCGCACCAUGGCUGGCAUCACUGGAGCCUCAGCAACACUGGCAGUCAUAGGACUGAGCUUGCAACUUGGAAUAGGACUAACAGAAAUCUUUAAACGAGAUUUUCAAGCUUUGUGGGAACUUGCUCGUCCCUUCCUCAUUCCUCAGUUGGACACACUUCUUCAGCCAAGGGUGUGGUGCGCUGCAGUGGCCCACGUGCUGCUCUCUAUAGGCCUUGGUGUUGGUCUCCUCAUGAAUUUCUCAUCACGGGGGUCGUUUAGAUUCACACUCAGGAGGCACCUGUGGGGUUUAGUGAUAUUGCUGGCAAUUGUGACAGCAUUAGUGUCAGUGGUUACAGUUCUUCAACUGACAAUUCUGGCCAGUGAUCGAGGUCUAUCAGUGGAUCAAGCUUUAGUCUCUUUCAGAAAUGAGUCCAAUGAUACAACCCCUGAAGAGGCAGUUGGUAUUAGCACUGGAGCAGCAGUCAUUACAGCCUCCCAUUUAAUUGGUGUGGUCACCUUUCCCUUCGUGUGGCUGAGACAGCUGGUGUCAACUCUCAUCUUCAUAGGACUUUGGUGUAGUGGAGUGACAACAGGGACUGUGUGUGUCCACACACUGAUAGCAGCACUGAGAGAUGCACGUGACUGCCUACCCCGACCCACUGUGGCAUUAAUGUUAUUACCACUGUUAUUAGCUGCUGCCACACCCUCAGUUACUAAGGGUGGAGCCGCAGUUGUGGCCCUGCUGGACGGCGAUGUAUUGACCCCUGUGGUGUUGUGGCCACCUUUUACACUUACUCUUGCCAUUACUGCCAUUUAUGGGAUCCAUAAAGUUCGCAAGGACUUUACAUUCAUGUUGGAGGCCACCGUCAGCUGGCUGUGGAUUCCUGUUUGGGGCGUUUUUAUCCCACUUUCCCUUUUGGGUGUUGUAAUAUGGGCUAGUGUUUUGGAUGGACAAGCAGUGGCAGUUACUGAUGGCCCAGGGUGGAGGACAGCCUUGGUGUGGGGGCUGCGGGCACUGGUCUUGCUGCCUGUUCCCAUCACUGCCAUUUAUGUGGUUAAAUCCCAGCUGGCAUAUGGUGUUAUAGAUAAAGUGGCCUCCUCACUGCAGUCAUCACGAGAGUGGGGUGACUGGGGACCUCAGGACCCAAUAGAACACCACAACUGGAGGAGAUGGCGAGAGGAUGAAACCCGACCCAUCACGUCCCUCAAGCGCCGCUUUGCAAACCGGCCUCUCACAUACACUCAUUCCACACUGAGUAGUGAAUCUUCAUCCACACUCACAAGACUCAGGAAUAAAUAUCAGAGGAAUGGCACAGCUAGCAUCCUCUGACCACCUCAUGAUAUGGUAGUUAAGGCCAUUCUGACCUACUUACCCUCAGUCAUCUGUACUUUUUUCUAAUGUACUUAUUUUCAUUAAGUGAUUACAAUUCAUUUGUUCCUCAGUCAGUCAUAUUUUUGUGUUUCUGGGAAGUGUGUCUCCCAACACACUACUGUACUCAUUUUGUUCAUUGUUUUUCUUAUUUUAAGGGAACCCGUGUUCUGACUUUGGUUUGCUUGUUUGUACAUUUGUUAUUUGUGUAUGUUUGUAUAUAUUAUGCUGUGAAUAGUUGUGUUUUUAUACUGUAUUUUAUGAAAAAUAUGCAUUAUAUAUAAUUAUAUUAAUUUAAAAUAUUGAUGAAUGUAAAGUUGAACCAUCUGGUCAUUAGCUAGGUAUAAGUAUCUACACACACACACACACACACACACAAAGAACGAUUCUAACUGAAGAUGAAGAAAUUUUUAUCAAUUUUAAAAAGCAGUGCAGUAAGGUAGGCUAUAUAAGAUUUGUCUCAUAUCAUUUUAAUAAAAGUAAAGAAGACUAUGAUGUCCUAUUGGGUAACAAGAUAAAAGCUAAGGAAACAUCAUAGUCAGUAACACUGGACUCCCAGGCCAAGAGACAGAUUUAGUCAUGUGGUGAGUUGUGACCCGACAACAGGCCAUAGCUUGUUAGGUUAUUUUGUGUAGGAAAUUACAUUCACAACUUUGGUCUAUGACUUUGGAAUUCAUCAUAGCACAGAACUAUUGAAUCUUCCUAAAAACAGAUGUACCAGUAGUUCCCCUGUUGGGUCAUUUAGAUAAUAUCUAUGACAUCUGAUCUUUAGGUUUUCAUAUAUGUAAUAUUCUUUAACACAUGUGCGAGAGUCUCGAAGACACCAGUAUUUGGAAAUGAUACAGGGAGGUGCCACCAGAGGUCAGGACACAUAGGUCAAUAGAUACCAAUAUUGUACCAACUCAUGGGUCUAGUACUUGUUCUAUUGGACCAUGAGUAGACCAGUCAAGAGUCAAGUGUGUAGCCCAACUGACAGGCUGCUAGUAUACCAGUAGAUUAUGCCAUGUGGGGGAAGAUGUUUCAUAAUGCAGGCACAAGUCCAGAAAACUGUGAAGGCAAACUUUUCGGAGUGAGAAUUGUGAACUCUUGGAACCGAUGGCACCAAUGGCACCAAGUCUGAGCUGGUUCAAGACCAGACUUGACCAACACUGGAGCAGGCUUAGAUAUAUUCAGGAGCCAGUGCAUGGCCAGUAUUUGCCAUCAGAGAUGUGGCCGACCGCUAAGUGGCUAACGAGCCAAUCAGUGGCGAAGAAGAUAAAAGUAGAAAAUAUCAAUUAUCUAGCAAGUUUGGAAUAAAAAUAAAUAAAACAGGUUCAGGAAUUUUCAGAAUUUUGGAAAUAAUUGUCUUAGAAAUUAUAAAAAUAGUGAAUUGAAUAAAGUGUAGGAAAAUAAGCUGAAGGUUAGAGGAUGUGGUCCUCAGAUGACUAGAAUGAUGUACUGUAUAUACACUUUUUUAUUAUCGUACUAAAAUUAUAAUUAUAAAUUCUUACAAUAAUUUCAGAAAAUGAGUUACAUAACUGUUAAUUUAAGAGCUGUAUUUAUAAAAAGGUACUGAUGUCUAGAUAUUGCGGGAGUUAAUUUUGACCAUUCGAGGUACGUACUACAGUAUUCUGUAUAUUGCUUAUCUCACUACAGAAACUUCUUGUAGGUUCCCCUUGCAAUGUGACAGACUUCAUAGAAGCCAAGUGUACCUCCUCUCUUCUAUGAGAGGAAGCGUUGAACACUGUCAGAGAUUCCAGGCUUACCUCCUCUCCUAGAGGAAGGAUGGAGGGUUCGAUAAGGGUGUAGCCUCCAUGCAUACCUCUCACACAACCAGAUCACUGAUCUACUUCACAUAGAGAUGCUCUCUGAUACUUGUAUCAGCAUCUUAGUAUUGUUCAAUGAUAGAAAAAAAAAUUAUAACUGCUGUUUUCAUUCAUUUAAAAAAGCAUGUGAUAAAAAGUUUUAUAUCUUCAAAAUGCACCAGUAUAAUGUAAUCACAAUGUAAAUCACUAUACUGUAAACACCAAAGUGUGGGUUUUGUCUGACCAGAUAUAGUUUGUACAGGUUUAGUUCGAGCCUCACACACAACUGCAUCACGGUUAAUGUUGACUGUUUCCUUACAUUCCUGGUUUCAUCACAACUGAGUUGUAUACAACUAACCUGCACUUAGGUUAAAAUGGCUGGAAUCUGGAGAUUUUCAAAUCCUGGAGAGACAGAUAAUUGACACACUACAAUACCUUACUUACUUACUUUUAUCCUCUUCACCACUGAUCGGCUCGUGUACAGAUAUAAAUAUUUUACAAUUGCAAAAUAAUAGAAGCCAGUCAACACUAAUUUACAUUUAAAAUUACAAUAGACACUCGAAGGGAUAGUUCAGAAUGUUCCAAAAUACAAAAAUUAGUCUCAAGUAAUAUCAUUCGUGGAAAGUUACUGCAUACAGUACUGUACAAUUCUUAACUCUGCUUAUGGGAAACUGUACACACAACAUAAAUGAUGAACUUUACAGAAAUUGGGUGAUGUUUAGUGUUGAUGACAAAUACUAUACUUACUUGUAUCCCUUGUUGCUGAUGUUCUCUUGGAUGAGAGAAUUUUUAUGAUAACAUUUACUGUAUACUACUGUAAUAUGACUAAAAAGUUAUCAUAAAAAAGUAUUUUGUUAUGCUGUCUUAAUUAUUACCAAGUUUAUUUGGUAUUUACUUUUAUAACUAUUGGUUAAACACAUUCACUAUCUUAUUAGUAAAAAAAAAAUGUAUUGAUUUUGACUACUUUGGAUCUGAUUCAUUUAACUGUUUUAAAAAUUAUUUAAUGACAAUGUUCUAAACACCCUUGCUAAUUAUGAUCACCUUUGAAUACAGGUUUAUUUAUACUGGAAAUACAUGAUGUCUUUGAAACCGAGAAGCCACUACCUCCAGUACAUCAUAAUGUAACACUGAUACAGCAGUUUGUUAAUCCCUUGAAGAAACAGUGAUGCUCAGCAGGAUCAGACAUACAUAUAGAUACAUGCUACAAUUUACUAUACAAUCACUUUGUCUUGUGUUCCGUGUAUGUUGUGUUUUUUCUUUCUUUUAUGGUUGCAAUUUCUGAUUUAUGUAUUUUCAAAGUAUGGAAUGAUGAAAGCGCAAUUUGUAUUUUUGUAUUAUUGAUUCUCCUGUUGCUUAAAAUACUGAUAUGAAGAUAUAGCAAUAGGUCAGUGAGUAAGAAACAGAAGGAGUACAUGAAGUAGGGUUUAUGCAGGGACUCGGGCCUUAUUGGAAGUGGACUCCUGAUUACCACCCAAGCUACUGUAGUUUAAAUGUUUAUACCUGCUUUAUGAGUAAUUGUACUCAUAUUUGUAAACAUGUAUGAAAUCAAGCCUUUUGCAGUGCCAAUUACUUAAUUACUGAAAGUAUAAAACAAUGUAAUGAUGACCAUUUAGCCAGCCUCAAGGAGAAAUGUAACCUCUUAUCCUUAAGCUGCCCAGUUUAAGAUUCAUUUGCUGUAACAAAGGUCUUGACUACAGUACUUGAGAAUUUAAUAAAUGCCUUGUGUUGCACUAUAUUGUACUGCACUUACACUCACUUUUGUGUGUUAGUGCUCAUACUGGUAGUUAGACAGUUUCAAGUAAUUUUUUUGCAGUAAUCUAGCACAGGCUGUUUAAGGCUAGGAAUACAGUAAUAAUGAAUAUAGUUUAUGUUGACAUAUUAAGCAAACUUUCCCUAUAAUUCCCUAAGGUUGUUAAGUUUCCUUUUACAUAUUUGGCUAAUAACUAUGUAAAGAUCUUAUCGUGACUAAUGUUUGUAGAAAUAAUUUGUAAACUAAGGAGAACAAAGUUGUAUCCAAAAUGGGAUGGGCCAAGUUGAUAAAUAUAAUUUACUCUUAAGAAAAAAUCAAAACAAAGUACAAUUAAUGAAGAAACAAGUCCAGUGAAAAAUGGUUCAUUUUUAAUCAAGAAAACAAGUGUAUAAGUUUAUAAACAUUUAUUGAUGAAAAAAAUGAACUACAGUACCCUGUACUAUAUUUAUCAGUCUACAAGAUUUAUUUUCACAUAAUGUGCUCAACACAGUUUAACCAUAAGUCCUAUCCAUUCACAGUCCUGUUAUCUGUUCUGUGCAACAACAGUCAAUCAAAAUGGUUUAAUGGAAAACCUUAAUGUAAGAUGUAUGCCUUUUAAUAUGAAAAAUGCAGUGUUUACUCUUUUAUCACUUUAAUAAUGACACCCGGUUGAUAUCUUGA